CUUCACCUCAUCACCUCUUCUCUGCUCUCUGAGGAUGCGCAUGCGCUGAAAGGAAACCGGAAGUAAACACGCAUGUGUGAGGAGCUCGAGCCGCGUGCAGCUGCUCCAACACUGAAAACUGAUCAUCAGCAGCAUACCUCCAUCACCUCCUCCUUCAUCUCCUCCUUCACCUCCUCCAUCACCUCCUCCUUCAUCUCCUCCUUCAUCUCCUCCUUCACCUCCUCCUUCACCUCCUCCAUCACCUCCUCCUUCAUCUCCUCCUUCACCUCCUCCUUCACCUCCUCCUUCAUCUCCUCCAUCACCUCCUCCUGCCAUGAAUCCUCCUGCAGAUUCUCCGUCCCCUCAGAAGCGGAAGAGGAGGAGGUCAGAAAUAGAGGAAUGUCCUUCCCCUGUCGACAUGGGCACACCUGAGAGAGCGAAGAAGAAGAAAAACAAUAAAAGGAAGGAAGAGGAGGUCAGUCUUCCUCCUUCUGCUCCUGAUGUAGAUGCAAGCAGCCAGAAGGAGGAGAAGAAGAAGAAGAAGAGAAAGGAGAGGCAGGAGGUGGUGGUGGAGGAGGAGACGCUGGUCGCCGUAGAAACCAGUGAGACAGAAAAGAAGAAGAAGAAGAAACACAAGAACGGGCUGAGAGAGGAGGGCAUCGCCACGGUAACAACAGGCCAUAACCACAGAGAAAAAGAUGUCUUGGUUUCCAUGGAAACCAACAACGACGGGAUGAAGAACAAGAAGAAAAAACAAGAUGGGAGUGUGCUGGAAGUGAUGUCACAGGAAGGAGAGACUGUGGAAGAGAAGAAGAGAAAAGAGAAGAGGACGGGAGGGAGUGAGAAGGUGGGAGAGAAGAAGACGACAGGAGGAGGAAGAGGAGAAGAGAGUUUGACAAGAAGAGCAGAUUUAGAAGAAGAGCAGGUGGACUGGGCGUUGGUGGAGGAGCUGCAGGAGUUCAUUCCAGAUGUCAAGAAGAAAUCAGUCCAUCAGAUCAGAACGCUGCUGAGAUACGACCUGCAUCGCUUCAAAUCCUUCAAACAGCAAGGUGUGUCUCUGCGGCGGGGGCGGUGCUCUCAGCAGGAGAAUCAGCGAAUCAGAGAGAACAUGGCAGACUUCCUGGUUCUGACGGGCGUCAGCUCGGCCAAUCAGCUGCUGUUCCCUCAGAGGUACAGAGAGUCGGAGGGGGAGAUCAAGAAGCUGAGAGCACGACAUCACUUCCUGGAGAGGAUCGCUGAGGGGGUUCCUCGUACGUGUCGGCAGGUUUACAUGAGAGCCAAGAAGAUGUUUGACGACAGGAACUACAACGGAAGGUUCUCAGAGGAGGAGGUGCGUUCUCUGAAGAAGUUACAGAACCUCCAUGGUAACGACUGGAAGACGAUCUCUGAGAAGAUGGACCGCAGCGUGUUCUCCUUACAGAAACGCUUCUCCCACAUUGCUGCAGCUCGCGGGUCCUGGAGUCCAGACGAGGAGUCCAGAUUGAAGCAGGCUCUGAAUGCUCACUUUGAGGUUCUGGUCCAACAGAGUUCUGCAGGUCCGGGUCUGAGCAGGGACCAGCUGUUUAACAACCUGCCCUGGAAGGAGAUCAGUCAGCAGGUCGGGACCAGAUCCUGGACCCAGUGUCGACUCAAAUGGUUCUCCCUCCUGAAGUGGAAACUGUCUUCAGGUCACAGCACCUUCAACAGAGGACGUGAAGGACUGGAGGCUAAAAUCCACCUCAUCAACACGGUGUACAACUUGUGUGUGGAGGACGCAGCAGACAUCGACUGGGUCAAGGUCGCUCAGACUAUCAGUAAAGUGACUCCUGUGUGUGUCCAGAAGACGUUCUACAGACUGAAGGUCUCCAGGGUCCCCAACUGGACCAAGUUGUCCCACGGAGAGAUCAUCGACUUCCUGCAGCAGGAGGUGGUUCCUGUCCUGAAGGAGAAACUGGAGGUCAGCAGGGAGGAGAACCAGGAGGAGAACCAGGAGGAGAACCAGGAGGAGAACCAGCAGGCGGUGCCGGGGGAGAAGCGGUACCUGCUGUCGGACAUCUUCUCCUCACAUGAUGAAGAUUAGUAGACGACAGCUGACAUCCGGCCAAUCAGGACACAGAUGAGUUUAGAGACAACAAAUGAACAGAAGGCCCCGCCUCUCCUUCAAUGUGAUUGGCUGUCACAUGUCAGUGGACGGACUGAACUGAAAAAACAGGAACCAGAUGUAAUUGUGAGUGAUCCGAUCACACGUGUUCAGCUCUCUGACCAGGUGUGAAUGUGGUCACUCAGACCACAGCGAGAUGUCCACUAGUGAUCCGAUCACCAGGACUCAUGUUAACACCAGGUGUGAACAGGGACAGGAAGUGGAUUAACACAUUGUAUUUUAUUUUGAAGGUCGUGAUGAUUGAUGUUUAACGUUCUAAUGAAGAUGAUUUUUAACAGUU